GUGACAGAUCAGAUGCAAACAGAAUCUUUACCUCCAUGUCCCAACACGGUGUCACCGGUACGGUUAAAUAAUCUGAUCAGUUCUCCAAGGUUCGGAACAGUUACUCCAAAUCGUGUCUUUGUGGGAGGAAUUGAUUUUAAGACGAAUGAAAAUGACCUGAAGACAUUUUUUGCUCAGUAUGGCAGUGUGAGAGAAGUGAAGAUAAUAAAUGACAGAGCUGGAGUAUCAAAGGGGUAUGGCUUCGUCACUUUUGAAACCCAGGAAGAGGCACAGAAGAUUUUACAAGAUGCUAAAAAACUCAAUUAUAAGGAUAAGAAAUUGAAUAUUGGUCCAGCAAUACGAAAACAACAACUACGAAGUCCUAAUGCUCGUUCUGCUGUAACACCCCAAGCUGGUACAAUGUACACAACAACUGCUGUAUCACCGGAAGCUGGUACAAUGUACUUGACCACUUCGAGUGGAUAUCCAUAUGUUUACCAUAAUGGAGUGGCUUAUUUUCAUACAUCUGAAGUCUCUCCUGUUCAGCAACCGUGGCCAUCACGCUCAGUUUCCAGUUCCCCUGUGAUGGUGGCGCCUCCAGUUUAUCAGUCUCCUACAUAUCAUUAUCAGGCACCAACACAAUGUUUUUCGAGUCAGUGGCAAUGGUCUGUUCUACAGUCUCCUACCUCUUCACCUCCACUCUUAUAUCUGCAACCAUCUGAAGUCUUUUAUCAGCCAAUAGGAAUUACCCAGGAAGGUGGAUGUAUAUCUCCACCUCUGCUAAUGGAAGCUACAGUUCCUGAGCUGUAUUCUGAUCAUGGAGUUCAAACACUGCAUCACCAGCCUUAUGCCCAGAGUCACAUAGCCAUGCCUGCAGCUUCCUUCCUGUGUGGCUGAGAUCCAUCAUCAACAUACCAGCUAGCAGCUGCGAGUUGUGGAAAACUUGGGGAAUUGAAGUCACGUUCUGUGAGAAGAAGUUUUUCACAUCCUUCGUCUGUGAGUCUGAAACCUCAGUAUGCAUGAAGUCAUCAUUUUCAUCCUAGCAAAGAUCACAGAAUGGAAGAGUGCAUUCUUACACUAUUUUCUACAGAUACUGUAAAACACUCUUUUUAGCCAUGUACUGUGCUAACGUACCUAUCCCAUGGAGGGAAUGUUCUUCCUGACUGGUUACAUUUGCCUACAAGUGCCUCAGUUAAUAUGCUACUCUUUUUUGUCAAGUCACAGAAUGAAAUUUGUGGUUUGGUCAG